CACUCACAUCGUAGAAUUCACGUGAGCAAACGCGGAAUUUCCUGUAGCUGGAAGGAAGUGGAUGUGUUCCAAGCUGGGAUGCAUAUUGUUUGCUCUCACAUAGUGAUCAUCAUGUUUUGCAGCAGCUUCUAGUCUCAUGGCCGGAGGAGGAAAAUGAAGCGACACACUGAACACGCGAGAGCGAAGAAGCUCACUAUGAACUGAAGAUUUCUCUUCCAAGCCCCAGCCCGGCACUUCAAGUGUGAAUAGUUCCUGAACAAACAUUCCAUGCCGUGCUCUAAAGGUGCCCACUUUCCUGCUUUAUGAUAGAUCCUCACAUACACAGCUUAGGUUAAUGACUGAAGAAGCCAGUCCGUUUAUCAUGGAGGACUACACCACCAGAACCUAUGGAACUGGGGGCCUAGACAACAGACCUUUGUUUGGGGAGACCUCAGCAAGAGUAACAAUGGUCAGCGCUUUUGUUUUUCCACAUACCCCACCGAAACCAGUGAAUAUCUUCUUUGCCAUCUGCAUUUUCUUGUGCUCAAUAACUGGAAUUAUUUUAAUUUUCUGGUACAGACAAGGUGAUCUAGAACCAAAAUUUAGAAAUCUCAUCUAUUAUAUUUUGUUUUCAAUUAUCAUGUUAUGCAUAUGUGCCAACCUAUAUUUUCAUGAUGUGGGGAAAUGAAGCAUGACCAAUCAGAACUGCAUUGGAAACCAUGUUCUUUGGACAAACAAAGGACUUCUGAUUCUUUUAUGCAAGAAAUGGCUUAUAUACCAUGAAGCUAUUUUGUAUUGCACUUAAUCCACAUGUGAGACUUGCCCUUUGCCAACUCAGACACGAGGAACACAAUCUUGGCACCGCAUAUGUGAAAUAUUCUUUAUUUGGUUUAAAUAUAAUACAGUGGGUUCUCUCUACUAUGCAACGAAUGCCAGUAUCUACUUCUUCACAUUGCCAGAACUGUAAUAUUAUUAGCUUGUACAGGACAAUUUAAGGGUUUAAUAAAUUAAAAAAUACAACAAA